AUGGACUUGGGUCAGUUGCAACUCAUGGAGAUUUAUUUGGAUUCCUCCACUCCAACAGAACGCCGCCGACUGCAAAACAGGCUGGCCCAACGGAUAUACCGAGAGAAAAAACAGGAGCAGAAGCAAAAGCAGGCAAAUGAAAACAUCUGGAAAUGGGACGAUGAACCCAUAGAUCUCUAUAUCAUCUACACAGAAAGCGACAAAGUGUCUAUAGAGACCGAAUCAGCCAGCUGGAGCGGAUCUGAAAUCCAAGCUAGCGGAAGCCAUAGGCCCAAAUUAGGAAGUCAAGUUGUGUUCCCAGGAGCUGGGUAUAUUGCCAUAGCCGUUGAGGCAGAGUACCAGACGGCUUGGAUGACUAGUUGGAAAGGUGAGGCACCAGCUCGGUAUCGGUUUAGGCUCCGAGAUGUCAAAUUAGUCUGA